CCAUGUACUCAGGGAACGGGAGCAAGAGCGGUGGCGGCGGCCACAGCCUGGAGCCCUCGGCGGCGGGCGAGGAGGACUCGGCGGAGGAGGAGGCGCCGGGGUCUCCGGGGGGCGCCCCGCCCUUCAGCGCCGGCACCUACGAGGCGCUGGCGCUGGCCGUGGCCACCAUCGGGGUGCUGGGCGUCUGCAACAACCUGCUGGUGCUGGUGCUCUACGGCCGGUUCAAGCGGCUGCGGACGCCGACCCACCUGCUGCUGGCCAACAUCAGCCUCAGCGACCUCCUGGUCUCCCUCUUCGGCGUCGCCCUCACCUUCCUCUCCUGCCUCAAGCGGCGCUGGGCCUGGGACGCCGCCGGAUGCCUCUGGGACGGAUUCAGCAACAGCCUCUUCGGAAUUGUUUCUAUCAUGACCCUCACUGUCUUGUCCUAUGAACGUUACAUCCGAGUUGUACAUGCAAGAGUGAUUGAUUUCUCAUGGUCUUGGCGGGCUAUCACAUACAUCUGGCUCUAUUCCUUAGCCUGGACAGGAGCACCUCUCCUUGGCUGGAACCGUUACACACUAGAAAAACAUGGAUUAGGUUGUUCAGUGGACUGGAGGUCGAAAGAACCCAGUGAUGCCUCUUUUGUCCUUUUUUUCUUUCUUGGUUGUCUAGUGGCUCCAGUUGGAAUCAUGGCUUACUGCUAUGGACACAUUCUUUAUGCGAUACGAAUGCUUCGAUGUGUUGAAGAUUUGCAGACAGUCCAAGUGAUCAAAAUCCUAAGAUAUGAGAAGAAGGUGGCUAAAAUGUGUUUUUUAAUGAUAACAACAUUCCUUAUUUGUUGGAUGCCUUAUGCUGUGGUCUCUCUAUUAAUAGCCUAUGGUUAUAGUCACCUUAUAACUCCAACAGUAGCCAUUGUACCAUCUUUCUUUGCCAAAUCAAGCACUGCCUACAAUCCAGUUAUCUACAUUUUCAUGAGCAGAAAGUUUCGUCGAUGCCUUAUGCAACUUUUCUGUGUUCGCCUCCUGAGAUUCAAGAGGAGUUUGAAAGAACGACCAGUCAUGGGGAACAAGCCCAUAAGGCCUAUUGUCAUGUCCCAGAAACCAGGGGGCAGGCCAAAGAAGAAAGUGACUUUUAGCUCUUCCUCAAUCAUUUUCAUUAUCACCAGCGAUGACACACAGCAAAUAGACGACUAUACCAAAUAUACAGACACAAAAAUAAAUGUGAUCCAAGUUAAACCGCUAUAGCAGGCAGUAUUCGGCAGCUGUUAGGAUUUGAGUGGACUUCUGUUAACCCAGCUGUUUGGGUAAAGACUGUUUUUGUGGUACAUUUAGAAAGGCAGACAUCAUCUCUGAAGUGUGAAAUAUGGAAACAGUUCAUGCACUAAUCCUGUAGGCUUGCUUAUUAGGAGGUAAGUCCUGUUGAACUCAGUGGGACUUACUUCUGACUUCACACAUAUAGGAUUGCAGUGUCAGUGACUGAAGCUCUGUAAUAUGCUGACUGUUGUAACAGUAUUGAAAUUAAGACAUUUGGCUGAUUUAUUUUGUUCUUUGAGUAUUUAUUUUUCAAUAUCAUAUCUUGAUUGUUUAGCACUUGCUGCACUGUAGCCAUACCAAGGAAUAAAAGGAGCUUCUCCAGGAGGCAAUAGUUUUUUCAGCAGAGCCCCACUAAUUUUCUUUUCAGAAUGACUUUUGGUGUGAUACUUUAAUACAAAGCGAUAUCAUUUGCUCCUUCAGGCCUGCAUACCUGCUAUGUGAAACGCAUGCCUUGAAUUGACUGUAGGGGGUACACUGUGAUGACUUUUGUAGCCCAAGCUGGUGACUCAUGUAUAAACAGGAAAUUGGUUCUUGUACAAAAUUGCAUUUUGGUGUGUGGCAUGUUUUCUUCCUUAAAAGCAAGAUGAUUUAUCUUCGUGAGAAAUGAAAGGGGAGGUAUGUGGAGUAUUUGACCAUCUUUAUUAUGAUUGUGCCUAAGAAGUGGCCAUGCUGAAUGACGUCAAACUGUUAAAGGUAACUUUUAAAGACAACAG